AAACAGGUUUGCAUAAUAAUUGUGUUGGAUCUGGUUUUUAGUGAAAUGGUGAAACUAUUGUGAAUUGUCCUUGGGCAAUUGUGUUGGUGUGUUUUAAUUCUUGAAUGGAAGUGCACAAUGAAUAUCUAUAUUGCUCACAGCUUAUGUGUUCUGGAUAAUUAAGUGCAAAUAUAAGAGAAAAAAUGUCAACGAAAUCAAGGAAAAAAGUGGGAUUUGCAGAUGAUGUGAAGUCAGAGGAACGAGAGUCUCGAAGCAGAGGACGGACAAAGUUUCGUGAACGGCGGUCAAAAUCCCAAGAUGUGAAGUCUAAUCGGAGCUCAUCACUCUCUAAAAAACGAGACCAUAGUUUGAUUUCCUUAGUUCGCACAGGUUCAAGAGCUUCUGUUCGGAGCCUUGUAAAACUGUUUGAAAAUGUUGGAGGGAUGAAUGAAGGUCGUAAGAGUCAAAUAGUUCUACCAGAUGAGCGAAGACUAGACCUUCUGAUCCAGCCCAAGUUAACAUCCAGGGACCUUCUAGAUCUUGUGGCAUCCCACUUCAAGUUAAAAGAAAAAGAAUAUUUUGGUUUAUGCUAUCAAGAUGACACCGGGCACCAGAAUUGGCUGAAUUUAGAAAAGAGAGUUUUAGAGCACGAGUUUGUCCGCAGGGCUGGAACACUGGUUUUAAUUUUUGCUGUUAGGUUUUAUGUUGAGAGUAUAGCCUCACUGAGAGAUAUUCAGACUGUUGAAGUUUUUUUCUUAAAUGCCAAACAAGCAAUAUUUAAGGGGCAGAUAGAGUGCGACAGUGAGACGAUAUUUGAAUUAGCAGCCUAUGUUUUACAAGUCACUCAUGGAGAUUACACCAGUGAUGAAAAUGCCAGGCAAGACCUCAAGAAAUUACCAGUGAUACCUACGUAUAUUCUCAGGGAGCACCCCUCUAUACAGUAUUGUGAAGAUAGAGUGAUAUCCUAUUAUCAGAAAAUUGCCGGAUCAACGAGAGGACUCGCUAUUGUAAAUUAUCUCAGUAUUGUUGAAAGUUUGCCAACUUACGGAACCCAUUACUAUGAAGUUAAGGAUAAGAAAGACCACCCAUGGUGGCUGGGACUAAGCUAUAAAGGGAUCGCAGUGUAUGACAAGACAGACAAAACCACACCUAGAAAGGUUUUUAAUUGGAAACAACUGGAAAAUUUGUACUACAGAGACAAGAAGUUCUCAAUAGAAGUCCACGACACCAAGCGUGUUGUGCACACGCUCAGCAGUUUUAACUUGUACGAGGACGCCAUACUCGAGCCUCCUGAAGAGUUUGAUGAACUCUCAGAUGCAAUAUCUGACCCCACCACUCAGGUGUCUGUGAGUCGUCGAACCUUUGGACCGGGUAACGUUAUAGUCCACUCGUGGUUUGGAGCCACCCCUCAGCUGACAAAAUGUAUCUGGUGUAUGGCCGUGGCCCAACAUCAAUUUUACCUCGAUAGAAAACACAAUAAGUCGUCAUUGUCUCAAGCUCGUAGUGUGAGUGAGAUAGCUGCUGAAUUAUCUCGCAGCACUUCAUCUUUACAAGGCUCGCUUGGUUCAGACUCAAUAAGUCGGAGCGGAAGUUCAGCGAGUUUACCGAGUCUGUCUGCAUCAAGGUUUGAUUUGAACUGUGACCCUAGUAUUGAGGCUGUGAAGGCCCAGAGAGAGAUGUACACUGCACUGAAGGCUCGUAGGGAAGCCCUUGAAGAGGCGGUCAGCAAGAAGUUAGAGGAACUGAAACAAUUAUGUAUACAGGAGGGGGAACUGACAGGUUGUCUGCCCUUGGAUUACCCCCAGCAGUCUGGUGAACCCCUCCCCACCAUCAGAAAGAGAGUAGGAACCGCCUUCUCACUGGCCUCAAAGGUUCCUGAGAAAAAGACGGAUGAUGCCUUAUCUACGCUAGAGCUGGAGUAUGAACUCCAAAAGCAGAUCACCAAUGCUGCCAAGAAAUUGUCCUCGGACAAAUCCGUCAGCAAGUAUGUCCGCAAGCAGAGACGUCAGUCCUUCCACAAGGCACAGGCCAAGCUGAAGGAGAUGGAGAAGAAAUUGUCGGAGACCAAGGGUGACCCCAGUCACUUCCUCCCCUCAGGAGCGCCAUCUUACGAUGGAACAAACUCACGACUACAGGACACAACAUCGCCAGAACUACCACCAAGGCGCAGAGUUGAUCACUCUUCUGGUGACGGCCCAAGACAGAUCACAAUCCAACGGUCAGCUACCACUCGUGAACUGUCCCCCACGUCUCCAUCCCCUCUCAGCCCCACCCUCAGCAGCCCCCAGUUGAAUUCCCUAAGCCAAGCAAACACCUACAGGAACCAGAUAUUCCCUCCACCUCUCAGCAGUCGAAGUGCUUCGUCUGGCAGCAAUAUGUCUAGCCAAUCUGAAUACGAGAACGUGAAACGUUAUGAGAAAGGAAGUCAGGACAGUGGUUUUAGUUCAAACAAUAACAUGUAUAAUCUAAACACUCAGAGGACUUCACAUUACGAAAGUACUGAUGAAAUCAAGACUCCCACUAACACUGAUUUUAGUGAUAAUGUAUUGACAGGUUAUGGUAAAUCUGAUAUGUCUCUUAAGUACGAUGAUUAUCACCGCAAACCUAUGUCUCAGGGACAUUACGGGAGCUUAGAACGGAAUACACGUCGCCGCGAUCGGUGGUCGUACAGAGAUAGACAACUCAGUGAUGGUGAAAGUAAUGUUUUAACUGACCUAGAACCUUCUAAAUUUGGAAGUAAGAGGAAUUCUCAAUCAGAAUAUGACCUUGUGUCAUCUAGAAACAGUGUGAUAGAGGUUCCGGUGAAACACGAGGAAACGGGGACGCCAAAACACCAGCGUCACAAAUCGGCACCCUGGGAAGACUCUGCAUUCACGGAACCUUCACCAAUAAUCACCAGUCCUGAUCAACAUGAGAACAGUUUUGAAAACCAUUGUUAUAGUCCUCGAUUACACGAGGGCUCCUUUUUUGGGAGCAAAGGACCAAAUUCUAUCAGUGACCAAAGUUUUUAUCCUAGCAGCAAAUCUGAUUCUCCACAGUAUACCAAAAAGUCAAAUGCAGUAGUGACUGUGACCAAAAUUCAGCCUCAUCGGAAUGUGGAGGUGAUCUCAAAACCUUUUGAAAUGUCAGACUUUUACAAAUACAGUGAAAAAAUGCGUCGGCAGCGGUACAUUGAACAGUAUCAACAACAGCUGAUUGGAGGAUCUCGGUGUAGCUCCCCCUCCCAGCAAUCGACAGACUCAGGGGGAGAGAACUCCUUCUCAGGUUCAAACUCGUCUUUUGCUCAUCCUGUUUCGUCUUCAUUACACACGAGUCCUUCUCAUUCUUUAUCAUCUGUUUCCUGUCGCCCUGGCCCGGGCUCGCCUGCGACCCGCAGGGGCUCUCCAUUCAUGUCACACAAGCGAGAGAACGACCAAUCGUUUGACUCUCCCCAACAUGGCUCGCCUCGUUUUGAGGCUGUCAAAGAACAUAGUUCUCAUGUGCAAUACUCCAUGCAGACUCCCACUGGUACUAGGGUGUACAAAUCUGUCCAAACUAAACACACCCAUUAUCAACCUCUGACCCCUCAAAAGUGUGACCCCCUAACACGAAAUCAGGCCUCCACUCCUAGGACUCAUCACAGCAGGCACCACAAAACGCAGAUGGAAAGAAGUGGCGGUUUGAAGCCAUGUUCUCCUGUUCGUGGAAAUCAUCAGGACCGGAAGUCACCCAACGUCUCCAUGGACGCUAGCUUUGCCUUCAGUAAAGAUUCCGUGGCAGACGACUUCGGAGAGGAAAUGAUGGCGUGGAUUGACAAAGAAGGAACCAAUCAGAACCCGUCCUUUGUCUGAAGAAAAAACUAUUGGUUAUUAUUUAUAUUGAUAAAC